AUGGGCCGGUCUCGGAGCCGGAGUUCGUCCCGCUCCAAACACACCAAGAGCAGCAAACACAACAAAAAGCGUAGCCGGUCGCGGUCCCGGGACAAGGAACGUGUACGGAAACGUUCCAAAUCCCGGGAAAGUAAACGGAACCGGCGGCGGGAGUCACGGUCCCGCUCGCGCUCCACCAACACGGCUGUGUCUCGGCGCGAGCGGGACCGGGAGCGCGCCUCGUCCCCGCCCGACCGCAUCGACAUCUUCGGGCGCACGGUGAGCAAGCGGAGCAGUCUGGACGAGAAGCAGAAACGAGAGGAGGAGGAGAAGAAAGCCGAAUUCGAGCGACAGCGAAAAAUUCGGCAGCAGGAAAUAGAAGAAAAGCUCAUCGAGGAAGAGACAGCACGAAGAGUGGAAGAACUGGUGGCAAAGAGGGUAGAGGAAGAAUUGGAGAAAAGGAAGGAUGAAAUUGAGAGAGAAGUUCUUCGAAGGGUGGAAGAAGCCAAGCGCAUCAUGGAAAAGCAGUUGCUCGAAGAACUCGAGCGACAGAGACAAGCUGAGCUUGCAGCACAAAAAGCUAGAGAGGAGGAAGAACGUGCAAAACGUGAGGAGCUAGAGCGAAUACUAGAAGAGAAUAACCGAAAAAUUGCAGAAGCACAGGCCAAACUGGCUGAAGAACAGUUGAGAAUUGUCGAAGAACAAAGAAAGAUUCAUGAGGAAAGGAUGAAACUAGAACAAGAGCGACAGCGUCAACAAAAGGAAGAACAAAAAAUUAUCCUGGGCAAGGGGAAGUCCAGGCCCAAACUGUCCUUCACAUUAAAAACCCAGGAUUAA